AAAACGAAUCAUCACCAUCGUCCGUGUCUCUCUCUUCCACACCAGUAACAAGCAACCACACUGCCCCAUCUCUAUCUCUGACCUGCAGAAACCACUGCUAGAUGUUCAUGUCUUCCUCUUCCUCUAGACUUGGAUGGCAUUAUGAUGUGUUUCUAAGUUUUAGAGGUGAAGAUACUCGCAAGAAUUUUACGGAUCAUCUUUACACUGCUUUACUCCAAGCAGGAAUCCAUACAUUUCGAGAUGAUAACGAACUUCGUAAAGGAGAAGAAAUCUCCUCACACCUCCUCAAAGCAAUUCAAGAAUCCAAGAUUUCGAUAGUGGUUUUCUCUAAGGGCUAUGCUUCCUCCACUUGGUGUCUUGAUGAACUUUCAGAGAUUCUUGAUUGCAGUCAAACAGCUGGUCAGAUUGUUCUACCAGUUUUCUAUGAUAUUGAUCCUUCUGAUAUUAGAAAACAGAAAAGGAGUUUUGCUGAAGCCUUUGAUAGACAUGAAGAACGUUUUAAGGAAGAAAUGGAGAAGGUCCAAAAGUGGAGAAAAGCUCUUGUGGAGGCUGGAAGAUUAACUGGGUUUGAUCUUCACAGUAUCGCAAAUGGGCAUGAAUCAAAAUUAAUUCAAAUGAUUGUUGAAGAAGUUUUAAGUAAAUUGAAUCCCAGAUACGUGAAAGUUGCCACAUAUCCAGUAGGUAUUGAUUCUCAAGUCAAAGAUAUCAUUUCCAUGGUAUGUGUUGGUACAAAUGAAGUUCGAAUUGUGGGAAUCUAUGGGAUGCCAGGAAUAGGCAAGACAACCAUAGCAAAAGCUGUUUUUAACCAAAUUUGUCAUAAAUUUGAAGGAAGUAGUUGCCUUUUGAAUAUCAGAGAAAGAUUAGAUCAACACCGAGGUCUACUUCAAUUACAAAAACAGCUUCUUCGUGAUAUUUUGAAGGCAUAUAUUGGGCUUAACGAUGAUGAUGAAGGAAUCAAUCGCAUCAAAAGCCGAUUUUGUCGUAAAAGGGUACUUGUUAUUCUUGACGAUGUUGAUCAAUUGAAACAUUUGCGUGGAUUGGCAGGAGAGCGAGACUGGUUUGGUCCUGGAAGUAGAAUCGUAAUUACAACUUCAGAUGAACGUUUACUCACACGACUUGAAGUGGAAAAACAAUAUCACGCCAAAGGACUGAACAAUGAUGAGUCUCUUCAACUUUUCAGUUGGCAUGCCUUUAAGAAGCCCCAUCCAAUGAAAGAAUAUGUUGAGCUGUCUAAAGUUGUAGUUGAUUAUGUUGGUGGAGUUCCAUUGGCUCUUGAAGUCCUAGGCUCUAAUUUGUUUCAAAGAAGCAUCACUCACUGGAGAAGUUUUAUAGAGAAAUUGCAAAAACAUCUUCCACAUCAAAUUCAGAGGCAACUUAUAACUAGUUUGGAUGAUUUGGAUGGUGAAGUGAAGGGUAUGUUCCUUGAUAUUGCGUGUUUCUUUAAUGGUAUGGAUAAAGAUGACGUGAGAAAAAUACUCGAUGGUCGUGGUUUUUAUCCAGAAAUGGGUUUUGAUAUUCUCAGGGAAAGAUCCCUUUUAACAGUCAACAGUCAGAAUGAGUUACAGAUGGAUAAUCUCUUACGAGACAUGGGAAGGGAGAUCAUUCAUCAAAUGGCUCCAAACCAUCCCGGAAAGCGUAGCAGACUUUGGCGUCGCGAAGAUAUAAUGGCUGUACUCGAUGAAUAUUGUUCGGGCACAGAGGUAGUGGAGGGUAUCGUGCUAGACGCUCAAUCAUCAAAAGAUGUGGUUCCGAGCACAUCAUUUGCACCCAUGACAUCUUUGCAGUUACUCAAAUUCAGUGGAGGACAAGUCCGCGGACACUACGAACAUAUUUCCAAGGCAUUGAUAUGGCUUUGCUGGCAUAAAUUCUCUUUAGAAACCUUACCACACAAAUUUCGAUUAGACAGCCUAGUUGUUCUUGACAUGCAGCACAGCAAUAUCAGAGAACUCUGGAAGGAGACCAAGUGUCUAAACAAUCUGAAAGUCAUCGAUCUCAGCAAUUCUAGGUUCUUUGCUAAAACACCAAACUUCUCUGGACUCCCUAGUUUGGAGAGACUAAUUCUAGAAAAUUGCGGAAGUUUAGCUGAUAUUCACCAAUCUGUUGGAGAAUUGAAAAAACUUGUUUUCUUGAAUUUAAAGGGAUGUAGGAGGCUAGAGAAGCUUCCAGAAAGCAUUUUUGAGUUGAAAUCUCUUGAAACUAUGAACCUGCAGGGCUGCACUAGUCUUAAGAAAUUGCCAGAGAAAUUGGGUAAUAUGAAAGUCUUAAAGGAUCUUCUAUUAGAUGGAACCGGAGUUGACAAUCUACCCUCUUCCAUUGGAAUUUUGAAGAAGCUCAAAAAGUUAUUGUUGCGUGGACUUGGACAUGGUGUUAGUUUUUCUUGUGAAUCAACUUCUUAUCAUUCAGCGUAUGGUUUGGAAGAGCUUAUCAAGCAACAACCUUUCCUGCCACUUCCUUCUCUGGUUUGAGCUCAUUGACAACACUCGAUAUUAGUAAUCGCUAUUUAUCUAACAAUGAUAUUUCCAUCAAUCUGGGGAGUUUAUCUUCUCUCCAGGAUCUGAAUUUGGCAGUAAAUGAUUUCUCCGAGUUACCUGCCGGCAUUGGCGACCUUGCAAAGCUGGAGAAAUUGGACUUGUCACGCUGUCUAAAUCUUCUAUUUAUCUCAGAGAUCCCCUCGAGUUUAAGAGCUUUGGUGGCACGUAAUUGCGGAUCAUUGGAAAAGGUGUCACUUCAGUCAAAAACAGCGCCGGAUCUGUUACUGAGUGGCUGUGGAAAACUAGCUGAGAUUCAAGGCUUGGAGAGUGUAGAAAACAAACCAGUCAUUCGCAUGGAAAACUGUAACAAUUUGUCAAACAAUUUUAAGGAGAUUCUUCUUCAGGUUUUGUCCAAGGGAAAGCUUCCUGACGUUGUUCUCCCGGGUAGCGAUGUACCGCAUUGGUUUAUGCAAUAUCAAAGAGAUAGAUCUUCCUCAACAUUUCGUAUACCACCCAUUUCAGAUGGUUUAAUUCCAGGACUAAUUGUAUGGACUGUCUAUGCAGCCAUUGAAGAAGGCGGAUGGACGAGCUGUUCUCUUUGUUCUGCUUCUAUCAGGAAAAAGAAAGAUGAUAAUGAAUUGUUUUAUAAACGACCGGACAUUUCUUCAAGGAAUGGAGGUUAUGAUGGAGAUCAUUCUUGGGUGAUCUAUAUCCCAUUUAGCAGGAUUCAAGGUGCAAUAGAAGGUGGAGACGAAUUGGAAGUGUCUGUCAAGCCAGGCGAUAAUACUAUUGUAAAGAAGUGUCUAUGGAGCCAUUGAAGAAGGGGAAUGGACGAGGUUUUCUCUUUGUUCUGCUUCUAUAAGAAAAAAGAAAGAUGAUAAUGAAUUGUUUUAUACACGACCAUGUUUGGACAUUUCUUCAGGGCACGAAGUCAAAGAUGGAGAUCGUUCUUGGAUGAUCUAUACCCUAUUUAGCAUGAUUCAAGGUGCAAUAGAAGGUGGAGAUCAUUCUUGGGUGAUCUAUAUCCUAUUUAGCAGGAUUCAAGGUGCAAUAGAAGGGGAAACGAAUUGGAAGUGUCUGUCAAGCCCGGCGAUAAUGCUAUUGUAAAGAAGUGUACUAUUGUAAGCAAGUUAUAAUUUUUAUUGUAUAACUUUAUUAAGGAAUUAGUUGGAUUAUAUAUUAGUUGUAUUAUAACUUU